GUUGCUCAUCAUCUCGGUUACCAUUGGCAAUGUGAAGAUCAUUAUCUUUUCGGCACACUGCCCCCACAGCGGCCAGAGGGAGGAAGCAAGGAGCUUCCUUCAGCAUCUCCGGCGAGAACUCCGGCCCCACAGCAGCACUGCCCUCAUCAUCGGCGGCAUUGACCUCAAUGGACGUAUGACAGUCGAGGUCUCUGGGGUAACCGGUGACCUGCAGUACGGAGACCAAGAUGAAACGGGCGCUGAGGCAGCUGACCUUUGUAAGGAUCUUGGACUAUGGGGCACGGAGCACCGCAUUGACUACCUCUGGCAGGGAGGAGCUGCUGCGGUGCACGAAGCCAGUAGCAGAAUCCUGACAGGCUUCGACUCGGGCAGUGCAGGUGACGACCACUGGCCAGUCUUGGCAAUCUUCCGGGGCAUCCUUCAGCCCAUCAAGGACAUUGUCCGCCUAUGGAGGCCCAGAUAUGACACCAGAAAGAUGCUGACUAAACAAGGAAAGGAGACCAUCACAGAAGCAAUGCUCUCGUACAUGCCUCCACAAUGGUCAACCCACCCCGAUGACCAUUGUCAGCAUCUCACUGAGUUUCUCCAUGGCAUCAUGCGGCGUCACUUCACAAAGGCCCUAGACGGCCCACGAGCUUCCUACAUCCCAAACAUAGUCUGGGAAAAGAGGCAGAAAAAGAUCACCUUCAAGGCAAGGGUGAGAUACAGAGCUAGUCUCUGGAAGGACCUCCUCCUUCGUGCUUUCUUACAAUGGGGGGAACACAAGGACUAUGGCUUCGCUGACCUUGUUGCAAAACAAGGUAUGCUUUACCAGAUUGCGGCCUUCGCCAUCAAGUUUGUCACAAGGGACAUCAAAACAGGCGUCCGCAAAGCCAAGGAAGAUUUUCUUCGAUGCAUCGCCUCCGAUGGUGGUGGCACAGCAGCCGAUGUCCUCAGCCGUAUUAAGUCGGCAGGGGUUGGUGGAUCCAUGGCUCGUCAACCCUUCAAGCCGCUGCCUCUGCUGUAUGCAGAAGAAGGCCAACCAGCUACAUCCUGCAGAGACCGUGACUCCUUGUGGCUCCACCACUUUGGGCAGCAAGAGCUCGGCACGGUCCUAAAGACAGCCGACUUCUUGGCCGAGCCCUUCCACCCGAUCUACGUUGAUGAGGAGAUCAACUGGAGCACAGAGGUGCUACCUAGUCUUGGAGACGUCGAGCAAACUCUGAGGUCCCUGACCUCAAGGAAGGCACCGGGGCUUGAUGCCAUCCCCUCGGAGCUCCUAAAAGCUGCACCAGGGCCGACUGCAGCUGCAGUCCACAGCCUCUUCCUCAAGUCCAUGCUCACCCUCCGCCAGCCUCUUCAGUGGAAUGGGGGUAUACUCUUUGAAUGCUGGAAGAGAUCUGGAUCACAAUCUGACCCGGCCAUGUACAGGUCGUUGUAUGUCAGCUCCAUGCUGGGCAAAACCUACCAUAAGCUGCUGCGAAACAAAGUCCAGCCUGAGGUUGAUGCUGGACUGCACAGCUUCCAUUUGGGAGCCCGGCGAGGCACGCCUGUCAGCAUGCCCUCCCUCUACAUCCUGGCACACAUUCGCAAAUGUGCCAGGAGAGGGAUCUCUUCAUCGAUCCUUUUUCUCGAUACACACGCUGCUUAUUAUAGGAUCAUUCGCCAGCUUGCACUGGGGCAUCUCCACAACGACACUGAAGUUCUCCAGGUCUUCAAGCGUUUCAGCCUCGAGCCCUCCGACGACCCUUACGCGGACGAAAACAGCGGCAUCCCGCACGAGGAAGGGGACGCCACAUGGGCAGACGACUCUGCCUGGCCAGUCUCCGGAGACACCCCAAUUGGGCUCCUGACCAAGACCAGACGGCUGUGUUCCCUUGUCCUCAGCAGCUGUUACCAGCACGGAAUGCAGCCAAACCUACGCCCGAACAAAACUUCGGUCAUCUUUGCCCUCCGAGGGCAAGGAAAAGUUGCGGCGAGGCAGCGGAUAUUUGGCCAUGCCAAAGCGACCCUACGACUUCCAGACCUUGAGAAGGAAGUCCCCGUCGCGCUCCACUACAAGGACUUGGGUGGCAUGGUUGAUUGUCGCAACACUAUGGCAGCUGAAGCUAAGAGAAGGCUUGGCAUCGCUGCUACUGCUUUUAAGCAAGGCCAGGACCUCCUCUACCUCAACGUGACCAUCAAGUUGCAGGUGAGAGUGCAGCUCUUCGCCGCCACGGUGGGGGCCACCUUCCACAACCUCGCGCAAUGGAUCCCCUCCGGCCAAGACUGGGACAUAUUGUCUGGUGGAUACACACGUCUUCUACGGCGUCUGCUGGCCAAGGAUUUCCCGGGCGAAACGCUCUUGCACAUCCCGCCGGCGCUUGUGCAUAUCAUAUCAGGAUCCUGGACCCUUGAGCUUCUUGCCAGGAGGGCAAGGCUCAGCUUGCUCGGAUCCCUGGCCAGGGCAGCGCCUGAACUUCUGUGGGGAGCCCUGCAGGAAGAACAGACAUGGCUAGCAGUCAUCCGUGAAGACUUGCAGUGGCUUGUGGACAAAGCCACAGAUGAGUGGCCAAGACUUCAUGGCUCUGCAUGGCCAGAAUGGAGGACUCUUUUUGCUAAUGCCAGUGACUGGGUAAAAAGAAGAACCAAGCGGCGGCUAAAAGAGGACUUUGAAGGCUUCCGUGCGAGGCACAAGGUCACCCUCACUUUGUGGGCGGUCUACAAGAAGCUUGAGGCGGCCCUCCCAGGUCCAGAGGAGGGCUGGGAGCACAUUUCUUCAAAACACAUGGACGCCGUGCUGGCUACAGAGCUGUUGUGGAAGGGGAAAAGGGAGGCCGAUGAUUACAACCCCAGUGUUCCAGUGGACUCGACAUCUCCGCUUGAACCCGGUGCAGACUCUGGAUGGGAUGAUGUCCAAAAAUCAGCUCACGCGGACCUCUGCCAUGCUAUCCUUGACCGUCAUCUACCUGCAGUGGAAAGCCGCAUCCUCGACAUUGUCAAGGAGACCGUUGGCAAGUUCCCCCUCUACCAAGAUGAGAUGGACGACAUCGUGGACUUUGUCCGAAGCGAGGUCACUGAGGUCGGCGCGGAGCUCAUGGAGGACUAUUGGACGGCAGAGGUCGCGAAGACUGUCGACAAGGCCCUUCAGAGCUUCCUGAACGACCACUGGCCGCUUGAUGAGCCGGAGCGGCCUGACCCGCACAAGGGCAUGACCCAUGCUGCCUUUGCAAGCCAGGUCGACAGUUUCCAAUGGGAACACAUCUGGAACGCCACCAAAGAGCUUCACGGGACCCCUGAAGACUACAUCAUCAAACUGAGCUCCAGCUGGGAAACCGAGUGGCGGAGCCUUAGUGAUGUAGUUGAUGUCUCGGUCGUGAAUGGCCAUCUUUGGGGCUGGCUGCCGAAGGCUUUGCGUGAAGUUGUAAAUAGGGCUCUCCAGGGGCACAGAAUCACACUUCAUGCUCCGGCUUCCUUCUGGCGGCACCAGAUCUCGGCGCCCUUUUGGCGCUUCUCUCCCUUGCAUCCUAAUUAG